AUGUGUGGCAUUAUCGCCCUGAUCCUUGGGCAUAUCGGUGAUGAUGUCCCGGCUGCCGUGGAUCUCCACAACGCAUUAUAUUUCCUACAGCACCGAGGCCAAGAUGCUUGCGGUAUAGCCACAUGCGCUGCUGGAGGCCGCAUCUAUCAAUGCAAGGGCAAUGGUCGAGCAGAGGAUGUGUUCCAGAACGGCAAAAGUGUUGAGCAUUUGCUGGGCUCUAUGGGACUUGGCCAUUUGCGGUACCCAACUGCAGGCACCAGCUCAAGUGCUGAGGCUCAGCCUUUUUACGUCAAUUCGCCCUAUGGCAUAACCCUUGCGCACAAUGGCAACCUGAUCAACGCGCCGGAAUUACGCGCAUUCCUUGACGAGGAGGCACACCGGCACAUCAACACUGAUAGUGACAGUGAACUCAUGCUCAACAUCUUCGCGAGCGAACUGAACCACACUGGAAAGGCUCGUGUUAACGAGAACGAUUUGUUCAACGCACUCUCACGCAUGUAUGGACGAUGCAAGGGAGCCUGGGCAUGUACCGCUAUGAUAGCUGGCUUUGGCGUUUUGGGCUUCCGCGAUUCCUGGGGCAUCAGACCUCUCAUUAUUGGCGAACGCCCAUCUGCGACUUUACCUGGCGCAAUCGACUACAUGAUGGCAAGCGAAUCUAUCGCACUACGUCAGCUUGGAUUUGGAAAGUUCCGAGAUAUCAAACCAGGCGAGGCCGUCUUCAUCCAAAAGGGCGGACGACCAGUCUUCCGACAGGUGCAACCGGCUCUCAGUUACACUCCAGACAUCUUCGAGUACGUGUAUUUCGGCCGUCCCGACUCUAUCAUGGACGGAAUCUCUGUGCACAAGAGUCGUCAGGUGAUGGGCUACAAGCUAGCGAACAAAAUUCGAGAGCUUCUUGGUGAAGAGGCCAUCAAGGAGAUUGAUGCGGUGAUCCCUAUUCCAGAGACUGCGAACACCUCUGCUGCAUGUGUUGCUGAGAGUUUGGGCAAGCCAUAUUGUCAGGGCUUCGUGAAGAAUCGUUAUAUAUUCCGAACCUUCAUCAUGCCCGGCCAAGAAGAACGUACGAAAGGUGUCCGGAAGAAGCUCAGCCCUGUUCUGGACGAGUUCGAGGGGCGAUGUGUCCUUCUGGUUGACGACUCAAUUGUCCGAGGUACUACAAGUAGAGAGAUCGUGACGAUGGCCAGGGAGGCAGGGGCGAGAAAGGUCUACUUUGCUAGUUGCGCGCCGCCGAUUCGGUUCCCUCAUAUUUUUGGAAUCGAUUUGGCGGCAAAAUCCGACCUGAUUGCAACUGACCGGAACCGCCAGGCUAUAGCCAAAGAGAUUGGUGCUGAGGAAGUCUUCUACCAGGAUCUGAAAGACCUCGAAGAAGCAUGUGCUGAGUGUUCACCGGAAGACGGCCCCAAGAAUUUCGAAGUGGGAGUAUUCUGUGGCAAAUACGUCACGCCGGUCCCCGAUGGAUAUUUUGAGCAUCUGGAUGAGCUCCGAGGCAAGAAGAAACGC